CGCCCACCGUGGAGAUCUUGUCGUCGUCAAUGAACAAGUUCGGCAAUGGGACCCUUGCAACUAAUAAAAAGUAAGCAAUAUAUGUUGUCCGAUUUAUCGUCGGUUGCGAGCCCGGCACUUUGGGUCAUUGUGAGACAGCUUUUACCCCACAUCUCUACCCUGUCACUCAAAGGCCUCUAACCAAUAGACCUAGCAGUAUUGCAUUUUGACGGUAGGCUGACAGGUAGUUCCUUGGCUAACGGAAAUCAACAAGACCUCGGCUAUAAUAAGAUCCGUAGGCUCCUCUACUUUGGGGUCGCGAAGCCGCUUCUCUUUCUCUCAUCUGCACCAUACCUGAGCACUCGGUUUGAGCUUGCCUCCUCAGCUUGGUGGCCAAAAAUCACCGAGAUAAACGGAAUUCGAAGAGUCUGACCUAGGUCUGCUCGGACGCUUAUAAACUUUAUUACGUUCUCUAUACCGCUGGCAAUAUGUUUGCGAUACAGCCUCUUGCCUCCACAUUGCAAACAAUAAAGGAGCAUUUAUUUCUGCUACUUUUCAUAGGCCUCAUUACCCGACUCCUUUACAACAGAUAUAGACCAGGACUCUACACUAUUCCUGGCCCUUGGCUUGCAGCAUGGACGGGACUAUGGCGUUUCUUCGACGUCCAGCGUGGCAAUGCACACUGGACGCACAUUGAGCUCCACAAAAAGUAUGGUCCGCUGGUACGCAUUGGACCGAACCAUGUAUCGGUCGGCGACCCGAAAGAGAUAGCCAACAUCUAUGGAUUGGCCAGAGGAUUUACGAAGACGGCUUUUUACCCCCUCCAGUCAAUCAGUUGGAAAGGAAAAUUCCAAAUGAACAUUUUCUCGACACGUGAUGAGGCCUACCACCGAGAACAAAAGCGCCCCAUAGCAAGUGCUUACAGCUUGUCGUCCCUCUUAGCCAAGGAGGAAGCAGUUGACUCUUGUUCGAUCAUUUUCAUGGAGAAAAUGAAGGACUUUGCCGACAGAAACGAAGCCGUGGACCUUGGCAUGUGGUUGCAGUAUUACGCUUUCGAUGUUGUUGGAGAGCUCAGCUUCGCGAAGAAGCUCGGUUUCCUGGAAAAAGGAGCAGACGUCGAUGGUAUGAUGGAGACCAUCGCGGGUAUAUUGGUAUAUGCCAGCCAGGUGGGCCAGCUCCCUGAGUUCCACCCGCUUCUGCUAGGAAAUCCAUUGUUUCCGAUUUUGAUGCCUUCAAUGGAAUCCUGGAACUCCGUUCUCACCUUCACUUUGAAAGCGCUCAAUUCCGUAAACGAGAACCUGAAGAUGAAGCGGAAUGCAGAGCUCGACCCCAGCGUUCUCGAAGCUAAGGGCGAUAUGCUGUCGCGCUGGUCAUCUGUUAGAUUAAAAAAUCCGGAAAAGAUGUCCACGCGAGACCUUAUCGUACACCUUAGCACCAACGUCUUUGCAGGAUCGGACACGACCGCCAUCGCGCUGCGCGCCAUCGUCUAUUUCCUUUGCAAGAACCCUGAAAAGAUGCGGAAGCUUGUUUCCCAGAUUGACGACGUCGACAACGCGGGACUUUUCAGUGACCCCGUCAGCUACAAGCAAGCCACCACACAUCUACCCUACCUCGGCGCCGUCAUCAAAGAAGCGAUGCGCCUGCAUCCCAGCGUGGGUCUCUUGCUCGAGCGGCACGUUCCCGCAGGCGGUGCCACGAUCUGCGGGCGCCACAUCCCCGGCGGAACGAUUGUCGGCGUGAAUGCGUGGGUCACGCAGCACGACGCAGCAGUGUUCCCCGAGCCCGAGGCGUUCAUCCCCGAACGCUGGCUUGAGAGUUCUCCGGAGAGGCUGAAGGAGAUGGAGCAGAGCUUCUUUGCGUUCGGAGGGGGCGCAAGGACCUGCAUGGGGAGAUGGAUUUCUUUGAUGGAAAUGUCCAAGAUUGUGCCGCAGUUGUUGAGAGAAUUCGAGGUCAGCUUGGAUAGGGCGGAUAGGAAGUGGAAGGUCAAGAAUGUGUGGUUUGUGCAGCAAGAGGGAUUGAUCUGCAGUCUGAAGAGGAGAAGGUGAGGUGAUAUAGGCAGAUGACAAGCCACUUUUGACGUACGUAGAGAUUCAAGAGGUGGUAUGGGGUGGUAUGGGGGGCAGUGCUGGGGAUAGAUAGAUAAGAAUAUAUAAAUCAAG